CAAACAAUGAAAAGGAUCUCUUCUCCCAACCUUUUUUGCUCACACUUUGUUAUUUUUCAUCUUUUGUCAGACAGCAUUCUAUUCUAAGCAUCAGCUAGGCCACAACCCCUAUACACUACAUUACAUUACUACCAAGUCAUUCACACUUCUCAGUCAAUCCCCUCUCCUCUCUCCAUAGCCAUCCAUAUAUAUUAUUUUUAUUUUUCAAUAAAGAAGCCACCCUCCAAUAAAAGAAUAACCUAGAAAAGAAACCCAACCCCACUUCCCUUCCCCCCGCACAUCGAUUCCACAAAAAGGAGAAGAUAGCUAGCAUACCACAAUUUAAAUCAAUUACCGCUACACUACACAACUCGAUUACAUUUUUCUUUAUUUCCACCUCAAAAAUUUAACCGACAUAUAUAAUUAAUUUUGUACUACAUAUAUAGUAGUAAGGUAAGUAUAAUGGAAUAGAAUAAAGUGAUCCCAUUCGAAAUUUCCAAUUCCACCGCGACAGGCCGAUUCCCACCGUUAAAAACACGUUACGUCCAUUUUCAUUCUUUGCUUGCUUGCGCUGGGACGUGGCCAUCCCAUGCGAGUCAAAGGUUAAUAAACCUAAAUGGAUACCACGUUGUUUAGGGUAGUGAGUAGUUUCCAACACCAACACCAACCCGAUCACGAUCAAUCCCUCAACAACUCCACCACAAGCAGCAGCUCUCGAUCCUCCAGACAACAACAAAACUAUCCCUACCCACAAGAAGACGAAGAAUGCUUCAACUUUUUCAUGGAUGAAGAAGACCUAUCCUCGUCUUCUUCCAAGCACUAUUGUCCCUAUCAACCCCACCCUCCCUCCACUACCACCAUCCACCACUCCUUCUCCCCCACUCCCUGCGACUUUGAAUUCUCCGGCAAGUGGGCCCAGGACAUCCUCCUCGAAACCGCACGGGCCGUGGCCGACAAGAACACCACGCGCCUCCAACAACUCAUGUGGAUGCUAAACGAGCUAAGCUCCCCCUACGGCGACACCGACCAGAAACUGGCCUCGUACUUCCUCCAAGCCUUCUUCAGCCGCAUCUCCCAAGCCGGGGACCGAACCUACCGAACCUUAGCUUCGGCCUCGGAGAAAACAUGCUCCUUCGAAUCGACCCGCAAGACGGUGCUCAAGUUCCAGGAGGUGAGUCCCUGGACAACCUUCGGCCACGUGGCGUCCAAUGGCGCCAUCUUGGAAGCCUUGGAAGGCGAGCCCAAACUACACAUAAUUGACAUCAGCAACACCUAUUGCACCCAAUGGCCAACCCUCUUCGAAGCCUUGGCCACUCGAAAUGACGACACUCCGCACCUCCGUUUAACCUCCGUCGUCACCGCUGACGCCACCGCUCAGAAACUCAUGAAGGAAAUCGGCGCCAGAAUGGAGAAAUUCGCCAGACUCAUGGGCGUGCCCUUUAAAUUCAACGUCGUUCAUCACGUAGGUCAACUCUCUGACUUGGAUUUCAGCAUGUUGGACAUUAAAGAAGACGAGGCCUUGGCGAUUAACUGCGUCAACACCUUGCAUUCGAUCGCCGCCGUGGGGAACCACCGUGACGCGGUGAUAUCUUCCUUGAGGAGGUUGAAACCGAGGAUCGUCACGCUGGUGGAGGAGGAGGCUGAUUUGGACGUGGGAUUGGAGGGGUUUGAGUUUGUGAAAGGGUUCGAAGAGUGUUUGAGGUGGUUUAGGGUUUACUUUGAGGCGUUGGACGAGAGUUUUCCGCGGACGAGCAACGAGAGGUUGUUGCUGGAGAGGGCGGCGGGGAAGGCGGUGGUGGACCUAGUGGCGUGUUCGGCGGCGGAGUCGGUGGAGCGGCGAGAGACGGCGGCGCGGUGGGCGAGGAGGAUGCAUGGAGGGGGGUUAAAUACGGUGGCGUUUAGCGAAGAGGUUUGCGAUGAUGUGAAGGCGUUGCUGAGGAGGUAUAGGGAGGGGUGGGCAAUGACACAGUGCUCCGACGCCGGAAUAUUCCUGACGUGGAAGGAGCAGCCGGUGGUGUGGGCCAGUGCAUGGAGGGCCUUGACGUAGAGACUAGAGGAGAAUGACUUGACGUGAGUAAGGAGUUGAGGGACUGAUUCCCACGUGCCCAACGCCGAGCCUUCUUUUUUUUCUUUUUUCUUUUAAGGUAAUUAAUUAAUGGUUUUUCUUUUGCUGUUUCAACUUUCAAGUUUGGUACGUAAGACAAUGGGAUUAAUUGGAGGGUAUGAGGAUGAUAGGAGGAAGGGGAUUUGCCUGUAUUAUUCAAAAAGGAAUCAUCAUCAAGUAAAUUGAUUUUCAUUGCUAACUUUUUUUUUCAGAUUUCGUUUUUUUAUA